CCCCGUCAAUUCCGACAACCUUAAUUGAUCUCCAGCAGCUGUCAACCGAAGGCCCUGAUCAUCCUCGGGGCACUGUCCUCCGAGGUGUUAUAAAUGAAGCGUUCUUCUCCGCAUUCGCCACGUAGGCACGCGUAGCCAUCGGAGGUCAAUGGACCCGUUAUAAGCUAGGAAUCAGCAAUGAUGUCGGUCUUUUCAAGGAAAUCGAUUCGACAACCAUGUCUCCUGAUCCCACUUUCUGCGGCCUCAAAGGCCAAUCCCUCGUUUACCUUGUUACAUUCUGCUGUUCCAUCGGGUUUCUCCUUUUUGGAUAUGAUCUUGGUUUCAUGGGUGGUGUCACAACGUCGCCUCUCUUUCUCGAAACCUUCGGCAACCCCGACGCAGCUCUCCUUGGAUUCAUGGUUUCCUCAUAUGACAUCGGCUGUUUACUCGGAGCCGUCCUCUCCUUCUUCAUCGGUGAUCACCUCGGUCGCCGCAUGAUGAUCGUGGCCGGUGGUAUUUGGGUCCUCGUCGGUGCCGUUCUGCAAGCUUCGUCAUUCUCCAUGGCCCAGUUUCUGGUUGGAAGAAUCAUUGGAGGAGUAGGAAUGGGGCACAUGACAACUGCCAUUCCGAUUUGGCUCACUGAGAGUGCUUCAGCCAAGAAACGAGGACGGAUGAUGGCCAUGCAAUUGUCAAACUUGAUCAUGGGUCUUAUCAUCGCCAACUGGGUUGACUACGGAAUGGCAAAGAUUGACGGCUCCAUUCAGUGGAGGUUUCCGGUGGCCCUACAGUGUAUCUUCUGCGUCCUUGUUAUGUCACUCUGCAUGUUCCUCCCCGAAAGUCCUCGCUGGCUGAUGCAAAAGGGACGCGAAGUGGAGGCCAGAAAGUCACUGGCCGCUCUGCGCGGUGGUGCAUUGGACUCGGAAAUUGUGGAAAGCGAGUUCCGCGACAUCCAGACUGCCAUCAUGAUCGAGUCUCACCAUGUCAGUUCUUGGAUGGAUAUCUUCCGCGAUGGUGGUAUCAGCGGCUUCACCCGUGUCAUGACUGGCUUCAACGCCAACUUCUUCCAGCAGUUGAGUGGAGUGAAUGUCAUGAGCUCCCUCGGUCCGUACAUCUUCCAGCAUUCCGUGGGAUUUGACAGGAACCAAGCACUUAUGGUUUCAGGAGGACAGCAGAUUUUCUACUUUCUCUCUUCGAUCAUUCCCUGGUUCGUGAUUGACCGGGCCGGUCGCAGGAAGUUGUUUAUGCUCGGCUCCUUCGGCAUGGGUGUAUGCAUGGCACUUUCCGCCGUGUUCAUUGGGAUCGGUGGUAAAGGAUUGGGUUACGCUGCGGUCGUUGUCUUGUACAUCUACCAGACAUUUUUCACUCUCGGUUGGCAGAGUACUCUCUGGAUUUACCCUAGUGAAAUCUUACCACUCAAGCUUCGUCUUCGUGGAGGUGCCAUUGCAGUCGUCAGUCAAUGGCUUUUCACAUUCGUCGUCGUCGAGAUCACGCCGCCAAUGAUCACCAACAUCACUUACAAGUCCUACAUCGUCUUUGCUGCUUUCAACUUCUUAGCCAUUGUCGUCGUCUACUUUACCUUCCCGGAGACAGCUAACCGACCCCUGGAAGCCGUUGACCUCCUCUUUGCCGAUCGCGAUGGAAAGAGGCCCUCUAUCUGGCGCGUCGUGCAGGACUCUGUCAGCAAGGAUUUCGAUGCAGAGUACGAGUUGCACCGUUUGGAACAGCAGAAUUCUAUGGAGAUUGGCAAGAAGACUGGUGAGGAGUACGAGAUGGAUGAAGAUUUCAAGGGCAUGAGUUCUCAUGUGGAGAAUGUCAACUGAAGGUCGUUG